CAGUUAAAGCGCCGGACAUUCGCUUCGCUUUUCGUCCUCUCAUUUUCGUAAACAACAAAAGUGCCACUAGAAGGCAGUGAGUAUGACUUCUCUGGCAGAGGCUGUAUACGCGUGGCCAUGUGAGAGCAUUUUGAGAGGGAGGGAGGACCCACCCCACUCUCGGCCAUACCAGGGCAUUUGGAGGCCGUAUUGUUCUGCAAUUCUUUUUACUUCUAUUGUAUCUUGACGUUGUUGUUAAACUAAAGUUUCGACUUUUCAAUAAAUAGUAAAGCUUUGCGUUAUAGGACAUAUUAAUGACCAUUAGAAAGUCAAUUGUAAUACAAGGUGUUUGAUUUAUUCUUUUUAUACAUCUGGAAAUUCUUUAAAGCUCGUUUAAGGACAUUGAAAGCACUGUAUGCUGGGGUAAAUGAAAUCGAAAAAAAAGUUUAUCAACACCCUUAAAACUGUUUCGAAGUUGAGCAACGACAUUAACUCUUCCUUUUAGACCUAUAUGCCGUACUACCGUGCAUCGGUCUUUUGUUACUACGAUAUUGCUUGAAAAAAGUAACCUAUUUAUCAAUUCAAGUUAAUGUAUUUAGAUUUAACUUAUAUUUUGUCCACUGAAGUACUUUAACCAGUGAACUACUUUUCCUUAUUGUUUAAGGGUCACUUGAUGAUUUAAGUACUUGGCAUUGAACCAGUAAGUUGCAGCUCCGAACUCUCCAUCACCUAUAUCGAUUUCAGCAUCUGAAUAGUAUCACUAACCGUCUAGCGUUAUGUGGACACAUUCUAUGUUGCUUCACUCGCUUGAAAAUCGGUCUUGAUGAAUGAUUACCUAAAGAACGCCACAUUAUGUUUUGGGGCACCCUAGUGGUAUACAAUCCUUACACAAAUUAAAACAAUCGGAAAUAUAGAUUACCAACUACUUACGUUAUAACCACUUGUUCAAAAACCUUCAUUUUAUGGUUUGAAAUAAGCUCAUUUUAUAUCGCUUUAUUUUCAUAUGGUUUAGAGCAUUUUACAACUUUAUUAUAAUCUUUAUGUCAUUGAACAACUUAUCUGUAUUGGAAGUUCUCUGUCUAGACAGUUUUAGGCCAUUUAGAUGAUUGCUUAUGAAAACUCAUAUCCCAAUCUAAUUUCUGACCUGUCUAUUCUAAAAGAAUUUUUACAGUCAGAAUUUAUUUAAAGGUUUGCACCUUCAUGCAGUUCGGACAAUGAGUAGGUUUUGUUAAAAACAUAAUCUAGCUGCUGAUAUAUGUCGUGUCUCUGAAGUCGAAGGCCCAGUAAAGUACUGCAAAUUCGUUCUCCAUUAGUUGGUUUCAGUGUCGUGUUUCAUGUUCAUCUAUCGUAGAACCGUGUAACCGUGAUACAGCCUUUCUGAGCUAAGGUUCUACACAUUUGAUCAUCAUUGUGUACAAAAGAUUGUUCAGGUUUCUCAGCAACACGAUGUAUUUUUGGUGUUCUCUUAAUACCAGUUCAUCCAUGCUGUAGACAAAUGUUCUAUCAGGGAUGUUAUGUCAAAAUAUCGGGUUCGGAAGUUUUGAUACGCUAUUCGCAGAAAAUCCCGGCAACUUUUAUACCAAGCACUAACUGCUAACAACUAGGUUUAGAAGACAGAAACAAUCAGUUUAUGAUACGGUUGUCAGCAGUCGAAGGACAGUUAUGAUAACAGACCAAGAACUUAUUUCUGUAAACCUGCUCAGUUUCAUUCCCUCUUUUUCGUUGUUGUGUUUCAUCGCGCUUUUAAAUUCUUCCUUUCUUUCGACAUAUUGCAAUUUAUUUCUUCAUGGAACUUUAAAAGUCUACUUGUAUUGUGCCACAUUUAGGUCGCCUUAAAUCUGAAAUAGCACCAGCACUAAAGUAUUUGAGUAAUGGUCUUAUGGCUUCUAAGUCUCAAAUAAUUGAAUUGGAUCUCAGUGACAACGCUUUCGGUCCAAAUGGGAUUGUUGGUAUAACUGAUUUACUGGCGAGCAAUACUUGUCACACGCUUGAGGUACUGCGAAUGAACAACCAAGGUCUUGGGCAUGAAGGAUGUCGAUAUCUUGCAGAGGCCUUAGAAAAAGGACGAUGUUUGUCAAAGAAUCAAGGACUACUACUAAAAAUAUUCUCUGGAGGAAGAAAUCGUUUAGAAAAUGUCGGAGCUCAAAUGCUUUCCAAGGUUUUCUGUGAUAUGGGGUCCUUAGAAGAGCUUUCUCUGUAUCAAAAUGGAAUUGGAAUUCAUGGGGUAGACGGUAUUUUGUCAUUGGUGAAAAUAAUCAAAUCUAAUCCAAAUUUACGAGUGUUAAAUUUGUCGGACAAUUCACUUACUCCACGUGGUGCCGAAGCAAUUGCACGUGCCCUACCUUCAGUAGUCAAUCUAGAGGAACUUUAUUUGAGCGAUUGUAUACUCCGAUCAACUGGUGUAAAGGCACUUGCUUCCGCUUUUGAAGAUCCUGACAUCACUCCCAAUUUAAGAGUUUUGAAUCUAACUGGAAACGAAAUCAAACUGUCUGCUGGGAUUAAUUUAAUUCUAUCCUUGGGCAAUAAAUCCCAUUUAGAAUUACUAGACUUGAAUGCUAAUGAAUUCGGUCGCUGUGGUGUUCGAUCAAUAAUUCAAACGCUUGAUUCAGUCGGACUUUUGCACACAUUACCCAAUCCAAACGACAAAGAAGAUUCAUCAAAUAAAUCAGUUACAGAGGAAUCCUAUUUAUGGGCAUUUGACGAAGAUCAAGGUUCAGAUCAAGAGGACGAAGAUGAUGAAACCAACGAAGGAGAGGGGGAAGAGGAUGAUAAUGAAAAUGCAGAAGAUGAUGAUUCUAGAAGAAGUCAAUAUGGAGAUGAUGAUGAUGAUGAUGAUGAACGAGAAAAUCACACUGAUAUAACUUCAGACCAAAAGGAGAGUUCAGGCGUUAAUUUCAGUUUUCGUGAGGCAUUUUCAAAAAUUGGAACUAUUGGUGGUGGUUGUUUAACCCCACAAAAUGAAAAUAUCCAAAUAAAUAAACCUGGACCUUUUGGUAAACAAUCACUUGGUUUAUUUUCUGGAAUUUCACCUCAAAACACUGAUACAACAGAUGCCGGUGUGAUUCGUUCAAAACUAUGGCCUUCUUCAGGUUUAGGCAAUUUAUUCAAUUUUGGUGAUAAUGCAAACGCAAAAAGAAAUCUAUUUUCUCCACCAAUUCUAUCGAAUAAGGCUGUUGGUCAAGUUGUUGAUGAAAAGAAAUUAGAUGAGGAUAAACUUAGACAACUUUUAAACGAUGCACUUUGUAAUCCAAAACAAGAAAUGAGUAGAAAUCGUUUGAUCGACUUUCUUGGAUCUACUGAAUACUUUAAACAACCACCGAUACAUCCUGUUAUAAUGUUAUGCUCACAAACAGCUUCACCAGAGAAUAUAGUUCGUUUAAGUUUAGCAUUAUCACGUAGUGUUAUAUGUCAAACAAAUUCUGUUUCUGGUGCAAUUAUGCAAUUGGCUAUUGGUUUAUUAGCUUCAGUAUUUACAGAUGUUUAUAAAAAGAAUAGAGAUAAUCAUCGUAUUAGUUGUGCAAUCAAUUGUCUUCUUGUUUAUUUAGGUGCUAUUAAACCGGAAAAAGAUAGUGAAGAUUGGGUUGAUUGUUCAUUGAUGACUACUACUACUAAUAAUAAUAGUAAUAAUAAUAGUGUAAAAUUUAAUAUACAGCAUUAUUUACGAUUGACUAAAACACUGAUCGAUUAUUUCGGACCACAAUUAAUACCAAGUGUAUGUAAUUGUUUAACGGUACUUUUAUCGGAACAACGUAAAAAAGAAAUGCAUUCAGAAUCAUCUUCUAGUCAUGAUAUUCACACAUUGGAUGGUAUUCAUUUACGUGAUGAUAUUAUUAAUUCAUUAGAGAAACAAAUGACUUCAAUGAAUUUGAAACAAUGA